AUGAACCCAAGCAUCGAUCAAGAGCGCAAGGAUCUCCACGAGGAAAUGGCUCGGAUGUACAAGUUCUACGAGGGAACCACUGACAAUGACGACCUCUUCAUCAGACUUUUGGCAGCUCACAACAAACAGUUGAACCUCCUUCUCACGGGGGCACGCCGCCGCGUGCAGGCGCAGUUCCAAGGCAUGAGUAUCGAAGAGGCCAUGCACUGCGAGUUGUCACGCUCGGUCGGCACCGCGCAGGGCAUGAUCCAUGUGAUGGUGUGGUUCGCCACGGCGGCCAACGACGAGGAGCAUCAGCUCCGCAGGCUGUACGUCUGGGCGUACCUGAGACGCUACAAACUGGUGCCCCAGGGCCUCGGGGUGCUCUCCAACUUUUCGUUGCGCCUCUCGCAUCAACCUCUGGAGGAGAGUCAGCGACAGUGGGACGAGGCUGUCGAGUUUUACACCUGGUGCGAAGACGAGGCUACCAGGUAUCGAGCCAAAGAGGAAGCCGAGGCUCUGCCAGGGGAGCAGCGGGAGAAGAAGCGUUUUGUUGGCCGCAUGCGCGAACUCCAUCUGAUCAAGCCCAAGCUCUCCAAGCUGUUCAAGCAUCAAGAGCAGCAGCAAGCGCACUAG